CCUCCCCUGUCUCGCUAUACGGUGAAUCUCGGUUCGCGGUGACGGACGUUAGUUCGGAUGUUUGCUUGUGUCCUCGGAAGAAGUAGCAAUACGUGGUAUCUAUGUAUCGUUAAUCAAAAAAUGCGUUGUAGGACAGUUGCCUGUGUGGUAGGACUUUGCGGACAAUGCAUAGCCCAUAUGUCGCUGAAGCAAGCAAGUCUAAACAGAACUGCAAGCAUCUCAAGCAAUUUUAGCGUGGCAUGUCUCCAAAUACGCCAAACAGCGAUGUCGGUGUUCUUCUUUCCCUUCACCGGGCGCGUAUCAUUGCCCUCUUCCAUGGUCUUACAGUACCACCACCAUCACCACCACUCGUAUUUCUCUCUUUCCUCUGGCAAUCCUUUCGUCUCCUCGUCAUAUCUCUUGUGCUGCUGUCUCUGCCGCCUCUUAUUUCUCGUCGGCGCGAACGGUAUCUGGCCACCUACCUGACAAAGAGACUACCAUCCGCGGCGCCUGCAUUAGAUUCUUCCUCUAAAGGUGUUAGUAUGGGGAUAGUGAUCCCAUCUCGUCUUGCGCCACAGCGCAUCAGCAGCAGCGUGGCCCUUCUUAGCCGUGGGAUACUGCGCGUGCUUGUAGCUGGAAUUGUUGCUGUUGGCGUUCGAAUCGCUGGAGCUACAGAGAUAUGCUAGCGCCUCUUCUCCAUCUUCCACGACUUGGUGUUAAUACGGCGGAAGAAAGGCUUGGUUUAUGGCGUUGGCAUGACGAGGGCGGAUGACAGUGAGAGGUGCGGAGGGUAUGUGGUGUGUGGAGUUUCUAUGCUCGUAUUUCAAGACCAACGGGGAUCUGCUUUCGGCUGGGAG